AUGACGGAACGACAGUUGGAAUGCGCGGGGUAUACUGUGUCAGACGGCUGGGCAGUUCCACUCGCAUUGCAGAUGUACUGGAAACCAGUGAUUAUUAUGAUCUACGAAGCGAAGGUUGUCACCGAAACCGAUCUGAUGCCGCCAUCGGACUGGUCACGAAUUCUUCAUAAAAUGGUUGCAGCUCCUGGAUACUUCGACGUAGCUCUGAUUGAAUCAGUGAUGGCAAAAGUGCCCAAUCUGAGCAACAAGCGACGUCGUCAAGUCCGACGGAUCAUGAACAUCUCCUUAUCGGAAUCGUUGUGUGCUGUGGACUUCGAUGAGUAUCGAGGUACUGUGUCGACAACGGCGGAGCCGCCAGCAGACGGCUUUGUACUGUGCGAUUCGGAAGAGUGGUGCUCGGUGCCGUUAGGUCUGCUACCUGGUGCUUCGGUGGACACAUUCUCACUAAUACUUGACAAUGAUUGGAUUUCGGCUCAAACGCUACGUAACGACCGUGAGCUGAGCGUCAUUGAAGAGGAUGAUUAG